UCUCGCCGCUUCCUUUUUCCGGUUUCUGGAGCAGGGCGCAGAGCGGCGCUUUGGGAAGCGCUGGUCUCAGACGGGAACCGAGGACCGGGGUCUGCGGCCCGCCGCUCUCCGGCUCUCCGGCCGUGUCUCCCAGCCCCAGGGCCACAUUCUUGGGGGCUCCUUAGCUUCGGCUGCUGUGUUUUCCGUGACACGAUGCUCCCCCUCUCUGGCUGCUGGAGGACCGAGCUGGUACUGUUGCUGGUCCUGGCUCUGGCUGUGAGGGAAUCCUGGCAGACAGAAGAAAAGUCUUGUGACCUGGUAGGAGACAAUGAGAAGGAGUCGAAGCAAGAGCAGGCUCUCCUGGAGAGGCUACGGCCACUGUUCAACAAAAGUUUUGAGAGCACUGUGGGCCAGGGCUUGGACACAUACAUCUACAAAUUCAGAAUAUGCCGGGAAGCUGGCAACCACUCCUCUGGGGCAGGCCUGGUGCAGAUCAGCAAAAAUACCUGGAAGGAGACGGUGGUUGGGAGGAUCAACGAGACUCACCUCUUCAAUGGAAGUAAUUGGAUCAUGCUGAUCUAUAAAGGGGGUGACGAAUAUGACAACCACUGUGGCAAAGAGCAGCGUCGUGCAGUGGUGAUGAUCUCCUGCAAUCGACACACACUAGCGGGCAAUUUUAACCCAGUGUCAGAGGAACGGAACAAAGUUCAAGAUUGCUUGUACCUCUUUGAGAUGGACAGCAGCGUAGCCUGUUCACCAGAGACCUCCCACCUCAGUGUGGGCUCUAUCUUACUGGUCAUAUUUGCAUCUCUGGUUGCCGUCUACAUCAUGGGGGGUUUCUUAUACCAGCGACUGGUGGUGGGAGCCAAGGGAAUGGAGCAGUUUCCCCAUUUGGCCUUCUGGCAGGAUCUUGGCAACCUCGUAGCUGAUGGUUGUGACUUUGUGUGCCGCUCCAAACCCCGCAACGUGCCUGCUGCCUAUCGUGGAGUUGGGGAUGACCAGCUGGGGGAAGAGUCAGAAGAAAGGGAUGAUCAUUUGCUACCAAUGUGAUUGCACUUUUAAUGUCCAGCCACCUCUUCAGUCCCCAAACCAAAGCAUACACAGCCAGACUUCUCAAGCCGUCUCUUCGCAUCUCUCGCCUUGCCAUUAAAAUUCUUGCUUUCCAGUGGGCUUUUGAUUUGACCCUAAACUGCCUCCCUCUGCUCCUAUUGUUUCUCCUCUGCACAAGUACAGUGAAAUGAAAGGUAGACAUGGGGUCUUCGGGGUUGAGUCUUGUGCCGCCAGGAAGAGCAAGGACAGCUAAAUGGGCAGGAAGCCACGAGCCCUGUCUGUCUAAACAUUUUCACAAGUUGAGACACUGGAUUUCUUUAAUUUAAAAAAAAAAAGUAAAGACUCCUUGUAGCUCUGACUGCUUCCUGUUGUUGCUGUCCCCAUAGCAGUCUCCACGAUGGACUGUGUAGAGCUGCUUUGCAGUGCUUCCUGGCUGUAGCCUAAAUACUGCCACUUGCUUUGAGCCUGCAGCGAGUCACUUAAAUGUCCCUUGUGUGGGAUUAGGACAUGAAAAAAAAAUGUGAAAUUUCCCCGCUACAGGCUUCUAAGGUGCCAUCACAUUGUUCUGGUCUUUCUGUGGCUGGAUAGCUAGAAUUGGGCUCUGGUUGUGGUUAUAAAUCCAUAUGUAGCCCAAAUACGUAAUCAGUCAGUCCUAUCCUAAAGGAAAUAGACCUAUGCUCUAGAGGCCCUAGAACCUGUGUCCCCUUGUGGUGGGAUCGCUUUGCUUUUCUUCCGUUUCUUGCUCACCUCCCUCCACUAGUUCUUCCAAACUUGUGUUGCACUUUUCUCACAGGUCUGUAGUUUGGCUUUUUAUAUUUUUCCCAAUCUUAAAGAAAGGGAAUGGAAGCAGACGUGGACAUGGAGGGUUCUGCAGUUCUCUGCUCUCGGUAGGGAACACUGCUGCCCCUGUCCCUCCUGCUGGCUCAGGGAAGUGUCUUACCCAUGUACCUAUGAGAAAAGGUUCUUAAUCCUCUCCCACUUCUGUUUAGGCCAUGUGCCCAGAAUCACAUCAAAGUGAACUCCUAGGCUCAUCUGAACACAGGAGAGAUGGAAAGGCAGGGCUACCUGUUAACCUUUAGAGAAGGAAAUGAAAUGAUACUCUUAAUUUCUUAAUACUCUUGCAAUGGUAGUGGGCGUUUUGUUUCCUUUCUAUAAAAGAAAAUUAAUGUUAUUUUUUAAAAAGGCAUCUCAUUUGUUGUUUGCAUCCUUCCCUGGUGUUUUAAAUGAAAAAUAAUACACCACUUUUUGUACAAAAACAUAAUAAUUAAAAAACAUACAAAACA